AUGAAAGCCGCUAUCAUCCUAGCUGCCCUCGCCUCGGUCUCGGCGAACCCGACCUCGAUCAGUAAAUACCCCUUCUCACUUGCGCUAACAGUAGACUACGAGCCAAACCUCGCGUCCCCCUCCUGUUUCUCGAGCCUCGAGUCCGCCUCGGCAUCUAUCAAGCGCGCCUCGGACGGGCACGGUUUCGCCCACUUUGAUGACUGGGGAGUGCUCACGUCCUACAACUCCGCGGGGCAUGCGGUGCAGCACGCCGUCGUGUCCUGGCCGGCUACGGUGGCCUACUUCGAGUCUCUGGGCAAGUGGGACGCGUUCGCAAAGACGGGGCAUCUGGGCGAGAUCUGCAGCAGGAACCUGACGGACGACGUGCAUGAGCGCAUCAGGAGGGCGAGAGAGGAGAAGAAGGAGCAAGGCGAGGAGGCUUGGCCCAAGGUGCCCUUCGAGUGUCGGGAGAAGAUCCCCGCGAGCAACACCAACAGGGAGGGGCGACAGCUCAAGCCCUACGUCCCGCCCCAGGCUACUCGGCAGGUGCAGAUGUGGUGCCUGAACACGCCCUGCUCCCGGGACAGUGAUUGCAGCUCGCAAGGAUGCGGGACGUGCAUCAUGCGCGACAAGUUCAUGUUCCUGUCAUGUUCUGGCUAA